CCCGAGGAAGUUGGGGCAUCCAAGAAAAGUUAUCCCAGUCAGUGCGUCUCACGUGUGAGCUGCAGCUCCAUCUGACUGUCCUGCUCCGGGAUCCGGCUAUUUCCUGCUUCACACCUUCACACCUUCACUCAGGUACCAUGACAGAGCGGGUGCUGGUUGUCGGCGGCGGCGGGCGGGAGCACGCGCUGGCCUGGAAGCUGGCUCAGUCGCCACGGAUUCAGCAGGUCCUGGUCGCCCCCGGCAAUGCAGGGACAGCCAACUGUGGGAAGAUCAGUAACUCUGAGGUCUCGGUGAGCAACCACGCCAUCCUGGUCCAGUUCUGUAAGGACCACCAGGUGGGGCUGGUGGUGGUGGGACCCGAGGCUCCGCUGGCAGCAGGCAUCAUCGAUGACCUGGCGCUGGCCGGGGUGCCGUGUUUCGGGCCUUCGGCCAAAGCAGCUCAGCUGGAGGCCAGUAAGAGUUUCUCCAAGGCCUUCAUGGAGCGCCACGGCAUCCCCACGGCUCGCUACGGCUCCUUCACCGACCCGCAGGAGGCCUGCAGCUUCAUCCGCACGGCCGACUUCCCAGCUCUGGUGGUGAAGGCCAGCGGCCUGGCGGCCGGGAAGGGAGUGAUUGUUGCCCGAGAUCAGGAUGAGGCGUGUCAGGCCGUGAUGGACAUCAUGAAGGACGGAGCGUUUGGCGCUGCGGGGGAGACGGUGGUGGUGGAGGAGCUUCUGGAGGGAGAGGAGGUGUCGUGUCUGUGCUUCAGCGACGGCACCUCGGUGGCGCCGAUGCCUCCAGCCCAGGACCACAAGCGGCUGCAGGACGGAGACCUGGGCCCCAACACCGGCGGCAUGGGCGCCUACGCUCCCACCCCUCAGGUGAGCCCGGAGCUGCUGCAGCAGAUCAGAGAGACGGUGCUGCAGAGGACGGUGGACGGGAUGAAGGAGGAGGGAACCCCUUACGUAGGCGUGCUCUACGCAGGGCUGAUGCUGACCGAGCAGGGACCCAAGGUGCUGGAGUUCAACUGCCGCUUCGGAGACCCCGAGUGUCAGGUGCUGCUGCCGCUGCUGCAGAGCGACCUGUACGAGGUGAUGCUGAGCACGGUGAAGGGCGGCCUGGCCUCCAGCGCCCCCGUGUGGAGGCAGGACAGCUCUGCCGUCACCGUGGUGAUGGCCAGCGCCGGCUACCCCGGCGCCUACAAGAAGGGGGUGGAGAUCAAAGGCCUGUCCCAGGUGCAGGACUCGGGGCUGCAGGUGUUCCACGCAGGAACAGCUCUGAAGGACGGCAGCUUGGUCUCCAGCGGCGGCCGCGUCCUCACCGUGACGGCGGUGCGCUCGUCACUGGAGACGGCGCUGCAGGCGGCCAACCAGGGGGUGGCGGCCGUCGUCUUCCCGGAGGCCGUGUAUCGCCGCGACAUCGGCCACCGAGCCAUCGGCCACCUGAGCCGACACAGAGGUCUGACCUACAAGGACAGCGGCGUGGACAUUGCUGCCGGGAACAAGCUGGUGGAUCUGAUCAAGCCUCUGGCCAAGUCCACCUCCCGCUCCGGAUGUAAUGCAGAACUGGGAGGAUUCGCUGGACUGUUUGACGUGAAGGCGGCGGGGUUCGUGGACCCGAUCCUGGUGUCGGGGACGGACGGAGUCGGGACCAAGCUGAAGAUCGCCCAGGCGUGCGGGCAGCACACGGGCCUGGGCCAGGACCUGGUGGCCAUGUGUGUGAACGACGUGCUGGCUCAGGGCGCCGAGCCGCUCUUCUUCCUCGACUACUUCUCCUGCGGCCGGCUGGACGUGGCCGUGGCGGCCGCGGUGGUCGGCGGCAUCGCCAAGGCCUGCGAGAUGGCCGGCUGCGCUCUGCUGGGUGGCGAGACGGCAGAAAUGCCGGGGGUCUACGGUCCCGGGGAGUACGACCUGGCCGGGUUCUGCGUGGGCGCCGUGGAGCGGGCGGCCCUGCUGCCGCGCCUGGACGACAUCGCAGAGGGAGACCUGCUGAUCGGAGUGGCCUCCUCCGGCGUUCACAGCAACGGCUUCAGCCUGGUCCGGAAGGUGCUGGAGCGCUCCGGCCUCGGCUACGGCUCCCCGGCGCCCUGCGGAGAACCGGGACAGACGCUCGGGGAGGUGUUGCUGACUCCUACAAAGAUCUACAGUCGUCUCCUGCUGCCGAUCCUGCGCAGCGGUGCUGUCAAGGCCUACGCUCACAUCACGGGUGGGGGGCUCCUGGAGAACAUCCCCCGGGUGCUGCCGCCGCAGCUGGCCGUGGAUUUAGAUGCUUCCCGCUGGAGCAUCCCUGCCGUGUUCUCCUGGCUCCACAGGGAGGGGGGUCUGAGUGAGGAGGAGAUGGCCCGCACCUUCAACUGUGGCCUGGGAGCAGUGCUGGUGGUGGCCCCCCCGGACGCUCAGAGGGUCCUGAGACAGCUGCAGGCCCAGGAAGAGGCCUGGAUCGUGGGUUCCCUGGUGCACAAGCAGCCUGGAGCAGAACCUGUGUUGGUGCGCAAUCUAAACCACAGCCUGACCAACACGGGACCGUCCUCCACCGACGAGUCCGGGGUUGAGCAGAAUGGCAGUUGCCAAGGCAACAACACGGCACCAACCAAGAGGACAAGAGUAGGAGUCCUCAUUUCUGGCACAGGCACCAACCUGCAGGCCCUCAUGGAGCAGGCCAAGCGUCCCUCCAGCGCCGCAGAGAUCGUGGUGGUCAUCUCCAACAGACCCGGGGUUCUCGGCCUCAAGAGAGCGUCGCUGGCAGGAAUCCAGACUCGGGUGGUGGACCACAAGCUGUACGGCAGCCGUGCAGAGUUCGACUCCACCAUUGACCACGUGCUGGAGGAGUUUGGAGUGGACCUGGUCUGCCUGGCUGGAUUCAUGAGGAUCCUCACGGGAUCGUUUGUCAAGAAAUGGAAUGGUAAACUACUGAACAUCCACCCGUCACUGCUGCCGUCGUUCAAGGGGGUCAACGCCCAGAAGCAGGCGCUGCAGGCGGGCGUGAGGGUCACGGGCUGCACCGUCCACUUCGUAGCCGAGGAGGUGGAUGCAGGAGCCAUCGUUGUCCAAGAGGCCGUGCCUGUGCUGGGCGGAGACACAGAGGAGAGUCUGUCAGACAGAAUCCGGGAGGCCGAACACCGAGCCUUCCCCGCUGCUCUGGAGCUGGUGGCCAGUGGAGCCGUGAGCCUGGGGGACGCUGGACGCAUCACCUGGAAGUCCUAGCGCUGCAGAGAGCUGCUCUCAUCUGUUACUUGAGUACCAAUACCUGUUUUCCCUGAACUAAACUUCCUACAUUCCAGUUGUACGUGUUUCUAGUAUCUAAUAAUGUAUUUAGCAUCUAAACAAUAAACCUGUCUACCAAAA